AUGCUUGAAGCAUGCCGAGGCUGGAUCUCUGAGCAGGACCAUUUCUAUGUAGCCACGUUGUGGGCGUUGAACAACGAGCCCCAACAAAUUUAUCAAAUUAUCUCUGGUGACCCAGCGCGAGGAACACUGGCAUUGGAGGGCGACUUCCGCCUGAAGGGAACUCCUGUUCGAGUUUAUCAGCAAUCUGCGGACGCCCAGUCUAGUCUUCUCUCACAAGAUGCGUCAACCCAGGGCGACUCUGCGAUAUCACGGACUCGGUUCACGUUGAGCCUCGACGUCUCGCCACCUGAGGCCGGGAAUAUGCCGCCAUCUCUCACAAGUGACGAUAUAACUAUCGUUCUUGAAGACACAUUUCUGGCCGCGACAGAGAAUGGCUUGCUGAUUGAUCGUCAUAACUAG